AUGAACAAACGCGGUUUAGGCAAAUCGGACCCGAAGCCGGACUCCCCAGUAAAAGACAGCAGUGCAGAGGAUAAACGGAAAUCUGAGGAUGCCGGGGCGCCGCCCGAUGACGACGCCGGCGCCGGCGGCGGCGGCAGUGGUGGUAUUGUUGCCGGCGGCGACGGGCCGCCGACUCCGCCGCCACCAGCAGCAGCAGCAGCAGCAGCUGGACCAGUGACCGCGUCGUCUUCCGACACGGAAACGACGUCGUCGAGUGAAGCAUCCACGACACUGACGGUGGAGAACGUGAAAGAACACGACCGCCUGAUGGAGGCGGACGGAUCCGACUCGACCACCGCCUCGGUCUGCGGCGGCAACGGCAACAAUGGCGGCGGCGGCAGUGACGACGGUCCUUCUGCGCCGGCCGUCAAGGCGGGUAUCCUCAAGGGCGGCAAAUUGUGGCGCCAGAACACGGCCACGACGGACGACGGCCUGGAAAUGGGCUCCAAACGCAGCGUGCGGUUCAGUGACGCCACUUUGUCUUCGUCGUCGGCGCCCAGCACGCUCACGUCAUCCGGCGUCCUCACCACCCGCACUGUGCGGUUCGUGGACGACAUGGACCUGGUGGCGCAGCAACACGCCUACUCGGCGGACAACCUUUCCGACUUGGCGGCGGAGCUGCACCUGGAAAGUGGGCGCCAGCAGUUGCGGCGGCAGCUCGUGGCCGCCGCCAGUGCGUCCGAGGCCAGCAAGCGCAACUCGGACCCGACCAGCAACGCCACGCUCGAGGCCCUGCAGCUCCAGUGGCUGUCCCGAGCUGGCCCGUCGCCGCCACAGGGCACCGGCGACACGCCGCCCCCGCCGCCGCCUCCCUGCCAAAUACACGGGUUUUCCAAGUUGCCGCCGGAAUACGGGACGCUUCCCCGCGGAGUGGCGAACGCCAGGCACUGGAACGACACGUUGAUGCGGUUCCAUGAGAAAAAGGACAACAUUGUGGUGCCCGGGGACGUGAGACAGUGGAAAAUACAGUCCAACUUGUCCCCCCAACAACAACAACAACAACAGCAGCACCAACAACAACAACAACAGCAGCAGCAACAGCAGCAGGGUUGCAUGGACGCAGUUGACGCCAUGCACCCGCACCACCACCACCACCAUCAUCACCACCAUCACCAUCCGCACCAUCAAAUGCAUGAUCAUCAGCAGCAGUUUGACCAAAUCCCGCCUGCUCCCAAACCCCCCAAAUCUUCCCCUGAUCAGCAAGUGCAAAAGUCGAGCAAGACGGACGAAAAGUCGGGUCUUUUCUCGCGACUCGUCAAGUCCAUCAAGGGCGACAAGGGAGACUCGUCGACGUUGCCGUCGUCCUCGUCAUCCUCCUCGUCGUCAUCAAGCAAGCAGCAGCAGCAGCAGCAGCUACAAUCGGCGCCCCCGCCGCCGCCAGACGUCGUUCUCACUGCGUCGGCAGCAGCAGCCGCCGCCGCCGCUGCAGCUGCCGACCAGCAACAACAACAGCAACGAGCCCUGUCGGCAGCCGAGGCCAGACGUCGGUUCCUCACGCCCGGCGACAGAUUCUCACUGACGAGCAGCGACACGUCGGACAGCAUGCUGGACGACGAGAGUGGACACGGGUCUCGAGACGCGUCCCCGCACCCGAUUUCGACGGGCAGUGGCGGCGGCGGUGGUGGUGGUGGUGGUGGUAUUGGCGGUGGCGGUUACAUCAGCAACCAUCAUCACCCGCUGGGCCACGGGUACGGCGUAGGCGUCGUGAAUGACGGCGUCGGCUCCGACUCGGGCUACUCGUCCACGCAGCACAAUGCCGCCCUCACCAACAGCGACCUCAGUGGCAGCGACCCGGACGCCCACGACGAGCUGGCCGUGUUUGUGGCCCGUGACAAGGAGCGCCUGGACAGACUGAGGAGAAAGUACGAAGACCCCGGCGGGGAGAACGAGGACGGGGACGACGACGAAGACGACGGCGGGUUCAGCAGACGACCCAGCGUGCGCGGAAUCAAACCCAGGUUCGGGUCGACGACGGAGAUCCUGCAGCAGCUACAGCAGGAGAUGGCCGGCGGGAACCCCAUGAUGAACCCGCCUGGUGGUGGUGUCCUGCCCCCGGGUGCCGCGAACCCGAACCACACCAUGACCUGGCCCUACGGCAUGAUCGCCGCUGAUGGGAUGCCGGUGAUGGGGAACGGGCGGCCGAUGUCUCUGAACGAGGCGCCGCUCCAGGCCGGGCAGCCGAUGACGCCGCAGCAGCAGCUGCUCAUGAUGAACGGCAAGUCGAGGCGGCUGGGUGGCCCAGGGGACCCGGGCCAGGCCUUGCCCAUGCUGCAAGAGGAGGCGGAUUCCCUGUACGCCACUGGCCCGCGGCACCACCCGCCGCGGCUCCACCUGCAGCAACAGCAGCAGCAGUACCAGCCGCCGCCGCGGCAAAUACUCGGCCCCAACGAGGCGGCCAUGGCGGCCUCAGGCAUCUACUCUGGCCAGGUGGCCAUGCGCAACAGCAUCGCCGUCGAUCAGCCGCUGUACAGGACUGCCUCGAAUGUAGUCCAGCGAUCAGCGACUCCAGGCCCCCUCGUGCAGGCCGCCUCAGGCGCCGGCGGCCCGUUCGCCGACGACGUCCGGUGGCGGCAGCGACAAGUCGUCGUCUCUGGCCCCAACGGCGAGCAGAUCCACCAGCUCGUCGCCUACUCUAGUCAAGUCAUGCCGCCUUCUGCCCCCGGAGGCGGCGGUGGUGGUGGUGGCGGCCCUCAGCAACAACAGCAGCAACAGCAGCAUCCCGGUCCAAUGCGAGAAGUGUCGCCUCUUCGAGUUCGCUACGCCCCACAGCAGCUGACAUCGGCGCAACAGCAGCAACAACAACAACCGCUCCCGAUGCCGCCGGGCAUGAUGAUGAUGCGUGGGGCGCCGCUGUUGCGCGGUCCUCUGCCUCCGGCGCCUCUGACCGCCGCCCAAAAUAACAACACCAACAACAACAACAACCUCCAGCGCACACUUUACUACGGGUCCACGCAGGAGUUGCGCAUGAGUGCCGCCGCCGCUAGUCAACAACAGCCUGGGCCGCCGGCGCGGUUCGCAAGGCCCAGUUCCGGCGUCCCUGGCAUGGUGUACGGCGGUCAUCAGCACCCACAUCACCCCGUCGGGCCCGCACCACGCUACAUACCGCCGCCUGCAGCCCCACAACAUCAACAACAGCAACCGCCACCUCUGCCAUCGGGAGCGCCGCCGACGCCAUCGUCCACCUCGGGCGCCCCGCGACCGCCAACAACCGGCUACAGCACCAACACGUGGCCUCAUGCGCAGAACGGCGGCGCCACGACGCCCGUGAACUCUGUUAUGGGUCCAGGGCCGCCAGGAGGAGGACCCCCUGGACCCGGUGUGGUCAUGGUGAUGGCGAAUGGGGCGCCGCCGGGCUCGCUUUCGAGGCGUCCGAUGCCACUGGGAGUGCCGGUGCCGCCGCCGCAAGUGGCACCGGGUGCCAUGCUCAACGGAGCCGACCUGAGGAAGGUGUUGCCGCCAUUCCCGCAGGGACACCAGUUCAGUGGUGGCACGACCACGAUGAUGGGUGUUGGGACGCCGCCGUCGUCGUCGUCGCAAGUCGGACCUGGUUCGCAUCAUCAACCGCCGACGGUGCCGCUGAAAGUGGGUGUGAAUUGUGCACGAGAUGAACGGGAGGGACCCGACGGCGCCUCCAAUUCCCCGCCGUCGUCCAAUGACGACGUCAACAUGCCGCCGGCGAUGCAUCAUCAAAUUUCCGCGCCCCUGUGAUUUUUUUUAGUGCUGUUUGUCUCUCUCUCUUUAGUCCGUUUGUGUUGAUUGCCUCAUUUGUUCGGAAAUCUGUUGCUUAAGAAGAUGCUCCCAUCAAUAAUCCGUUGCGAUACGAUACCUACCGAAUCAUUAUUGCGCCCAUCAUCAGUCUUCCCCUGGGAAAAGUCUUCCUCACGAUGUGAUCUCUGUCGAGUGUUUAUCACAAGGAGUGCUGCUUUCGGUGACGAAGAGUUCAACACCUGCUGCAUGCUAGGCAAUGUUCGCAAAGAUUUCAAAAAUAUUUCACACGCCGGGAGCAGUAUAUAAAACGAAGAUACGACAGGACCAUAUUAACCCAGCACAUACAGUACAUACCCUGCAGAUGGCUCAGGAAUUUACUUCCAUAUUUAUCAAGUGUCUCAUAAAUUUCAUUAAUUAUGAUUCGGAUUACGACCGGCCACGUUGUAAAAUAAAGUACAAUCUGGGGUGAGCUCUUUGGAAAAUUUCAUUAUCAGAUUUAGAUUGAGGCGACACCUGCCGGAUAUGAAGGGGAAAAUAACAGGAAAUGGCCAAUUUGCGAGGUUACACCUGUUAACCUGUUUCAGGAGCAUCGGUAGGAAUGUAGGAGUGGUCGAGGAUCAUUGUCGCGUCUUCGAUUUUCCUUAGAUCAGGAAUCGAAACUUAUAGAAUUCCACGCUGUUCGGUACUGUAAACCGGUUAAUUCAGCACCCGCCGUGCGCGUUCAAUUCAUUUAGAAGUGGUCGAUCAUUCCGAGUACAUAACGUUGUUGUCCUUUUUUGAGGGUUAAAGUGAAUUAAACAAUUAUCGGCGUACUCUAUUCUCGUUCUGGUGUAAAUCAAGUAAAAUUGCGCUCCUUGUGAAAACCUCGACUUCAUGGACAUUCCCCGGUGGAAGGCAGGUUAGUAAUACUGAUGUACCGCGAAAAGUGCUCAUCUGGACAAUUUUCCAAAACGAUUCAGCCGGAUAAUAGUUGGUGACAUUUUCCCCCCAUGCGUCGUCAGAUUAAUGUAUGUCCUACUUGUGAAUGAUUCACUACUGAAAAAUGAUGGAAGGCCGUGGACUUGUUCAAGAAUGCUUCCCUGCACCGACCGAUCGCGUGUAUUUCCUGGGGGGAAAUGUAGUGUUGACUAAGUGCUGUACGACUUCUGGCAGGAUUUUCGGCGUAACUCUCAUCUGCUGUUUUUUUUUUUUUCUAGAAAAUUUGUUUAAUGCUAUGUUUCAGGACGUCUAUUCUUUUAUAUAUAUGAACCGCGCGGAAAUUUGAUGCAGCAAAUAUUGAAGCGUAAUCAAACGAAAUCCAACAGUAUUUCAACAAGGGGAGUUUCUGAUGUCGGUUCAAGUUGGUCAUGCAUUGAUUGAUUUCGAAUGUGUGUUACGUAUUUCUGUGCGCGGUGUUAUACUUGAAAUUCCCGGAGAAAGGAUAUGCUUCGUUUGCCAAAUACGGGUUAUUCUGAGUUACCGGAAUCAUUUGAAGAAUGGCCCUUAGCUUCCCGUAAAAUCCCAACCUUUGUUCCGAGAGUUUCACUAUGUCUUUUUCUUCAAACGGAGUGCUUAGCGUAUAAGUAAUACUCGUCAUGGUUACUGGGUCUUCCAUUCGUUGCUAAAUGAUGAACAAGAAAUUUUUCGGCGAAGGCUCAAAGCAUUGUAUUGGUAAGGAGACGAGCUGAAUGUGACGGUGCUAUUUUCAGAAAUGGUAGGAUUCGCAGAAGUCACCUGAUCUUCCUCAUUUCUUUCUUUCGUCCCUUUGGGUAGAUGGAUGAAACUCAAUAGAACUUCCAAUCAUGUCCUGUGGACUGGGAGCUUGCGCGGAUUAAUUUUGAGCUUGAUCGGACGAGGAUAUGUUUUUUUUUAACAACCGUGUUGCGAAGCAGCGGGAAGGGAGAGCUAGCUUUCGAGAGAAGGAGACUUUUUUUUUGCUUUCUGUUCAUUUUCCACGCGAUUAAAAAUUGGGUGUUUGAAGUUCUGGCAGAUGGUCACGCAAACGAGGAAGGGCUGAAAAUUCCUAAGCCUGAGUGCUUUUCAAGUUAUCUCACUACAUCAGAUUUCUGUUUCUCUUCAGUCUUCAUAGUAAGACGCAAUGGUACCGCACGUAUUUAAUCGACUGUAGGCCGUACCCCCAAAAUGUGCUCAUAAAACGCUGAUGUGGCCUAUUUGAGAUUAUGUUUCCAGUUUUUGUUGACUUCACGCAACAGUAUUUCGUGUCGUUUAAAAUGCUGAUCUUGAGUAGAAAAUGAAGUACUGCUCAGUUGGCAACAUGCUGACAAUGAAUCCAAAGCAAGAUGGUCUUUCUGAAAUCAUAAGAACCUGUUAAUUUUUUAUGAAAAUGCUUUUGCGUGUUUUUCUCAAAUGGCUUCCCGAACUCAUGUCUCUCCUAUCCUUGCAUGCGGCCUAUAGUUGCCAAAAUACAAUACAGUACUGUAAUGUAUCUUGAAAUUUUGUUUAAUUUUCGGAAUGGAACCAGGAUUUGAUGGAGCAAACUCUUGAAAGGCUGGAGAAUUUCAGGCCUUCCUGCGUAGAUGUGGCGGAAAGCCCCGUUCAGUUCAGAAAUCUGUGAUAUUGGUGUUGUGCAGCAUGUGUGAAUGGCUUAUGCACUUCACGGGAAAGGACAAACUGGGAUUUCGUAUCAGUAGGUUGAGUUUUGUCAGCAAUGUGCUAUGAUUGCUUUUGGUCGGACUAUCUGCGGCGUUGUGUGCGGAGAAAAAGUUGGUUAGUGCAAUACGAAGACUUGAACCGCGACAGGAGAACCACGUUAUUUUGAAAGGGUUCUGGAAAAAUUGACGAGGUCUGCUCAUUCCAGGGAUUCCGUUACUGACUGUAGCAACUGCGAAAAAUUGAAAUCCGCGCUUGUCGGAAAUUGAUCCGGAUUCUUGAGUCGUGAUGCUAUCCCAAACGGUCUGACUAUCAUUGGAAGAUGCGCGAACUGUUUUCUUUUUGCUGUCGGAAUCCAGCAUCAAAACGCGAGUGAAUACGUGCACGGUCACAUGUGGAAAAGAAUGAUGGAAUUAGCAGAAAGAUGAAAAACGGGAAUAGAUGACUUGGAAGGAAAGCAUGGAAAAAGAAUUUUGGAUUUGUUUCUCCCGAGUUUUCGGUUUUUUUAUUGUUGGAAAUUUUAUUAUGAACCCGAGGAGACUUGGAAGAAAGUCGGAAACGGAAGUUUUGAGAAUAAAUUAUCCUCAAACUGAAA